AUCUAUACUUUUUUCUCUUUUUUUACAGUGAAGGUAAUUAUCAUAAAUUUGUUUUCACUAUCUCCGACUGAUACCGCCAUAUUGAUAGCAAUUUGUUUGUGGAAAAAGUGAAUUCAUGAAUUUGUGCAUAGAAAUAGAAAAUUCUUUUCCCUGUUAAUUCAAAUUAAUUUUCGAUUAAAAUUGGAACGAAAACUUUGUUAGAAAAUUAUCUAAAUUUGAAAUUGAAUUAUAAACAUAAAAAACAAAACCAGCAGUAUAAAUUUUGAAAUAAAACUUGCUUCUUUAAAAUUUCGCGAACAAUAUUCAGCACAGAAAUCCUCGUUUGAAAAAAUAAACAACAACAAUAACAAAUCAAGAGCAACAACAAUAAAGGAAGUUAAAGACACGACUCUGUCAAGGGACUUCGCGCCCUAUGGAGUCGCUGCUGAAGGCCUGUACUCCUUCGUCAACGAGUCUCCUCUCUGGGGCGGCCAUUGAGUCACAGGAAGAUUUGGUUGACCCAAUAUUCUCAUCCACCACCGCAAUGUCACCCACCAACCACGCGGCACCCACUUCCCCAGACGUGACGAGUUACGCUCCAUCCAGGUUUUCAGGUUUCGGUUUCCCUUCAUCUAAAUCCCCAAUGUACCUCAUUAAUUCCUCCCCCAACGCCUCCCCCAGCAUCGUAAACCCCAUGGAUGGUCCUGGCUUUAGUUGCCUUUCACAACAAUCGUCUAGCUCUACCAGCAAUUUCAUUUAUGAUAACAAACAAAACUUGCAAUUCAGCCACUCCGAGAACAACAACUGGAGAGAGUCCAACUGCUGCCAAGACAUCAGCCAGAAAGAAACAUGCAAGUCCUGCAACCAGGCUAUGAACAACGCCAAUGCCACGAGCAGCGAAACAAAGGAUUUUAAGGAACCAAAAGACCUUCUGGGGCCAAAAGAUGAUGUAUCCGUCGAAGAAAAAUUUGAUGGACUUACAUUAGAAGAAAAGGAGAAAGAAGACCUCCUGCACCUAGGACCUGGAGGAUACAGCCAGUGGCGGGGAGAAGGAGGAAGUGGGACAUGGGUCCGCAAGAUGGGAUACGGGGAGCGCUUCAUGACAGGGUCCACAGAUUACGGCUGCAUGUCGACAGUCUACAACGUCUGGUUUGAAUCCAAGGCGGAAGUGGGGCUGGAUGUCAUCCGGAGAACCAGUUAUCUGGUCGCCAGAAAACUGCCUCACCUGAGACUGGUGGUGGGAUAUAGAGAUGGUGAGCUCUGGUUCAAAGAGAUGGACGAAUUCAAAGUCGACGUGGAAGAAAUAUUCACGGAAGACAUCAUGCACACGUUUGAACUUUUGCUCAAAAAAAAGUUCAACUUCGAAGAUGGACCGUUAUGGUUCGUCCGGCUUGUCAAAAUCAACAACAACGAUUCAACCAACACCCCUGUCGUGAACCCUGAAGCGAAGUACCGUUUUGUUUGCUUGUUCGGCUUCCACCACAAUUUCAGCGACGGUACGACCAACAUGAAAUUUUGCAACGUGUUCCUAAAUGUCCUGAAUGACGUUUUACAAGGAAAGCCUAUUGACAUGAAGGUGGAAGCUCAUCUCAGUGAACCAUUCCACGACCGCAUGGCCGUUCGCCUCAAGAAGUACUGGUCAACCCACGCGUGGAUGGUCACGUACUUCUGCAAACGCUUUUACAAAGGCGUAAUAAAAUACGGCCGCUACACGAGCAACUACACAGACCAUUUCAAACAGCCCGUGAACGACGAGGCAUCUACACGUAUCAUCCCUAGGGAGCUAGACGAGACCACAACGAGCAGACUCAUGGCGAGAUGCAAGCAAGAAAAGACAACUUUGAAUAACGCCUUCACAGCUGCUGCUAACAUUGCCCUUUACAAGCUGAUGCUCGAACACAACCCCACACUUGAGUCAACCUGCUUCGGGGGCAUCCAGACCGUUAACAUGCGCCGCUACUGGACCAAAGAACAAGCCAAAGACGCUUGCGGUUGCCACAUUUCCACACUAGACGUUGACAUUCCCACCGACAAGAAAGACAUCGAUAACUUUUGGGCUUACUCACGCAGAAUCGGCAACAUCAUGCAUGACGAACUUAACGUCUCGAAGCGAGGCAUCAAACUGAUGCUGGUAUCAGCAAGACUGCGGCUCAUACUUCAAAUCAAUACUCUUAUGGAGUAUAUUGGUUACCCGUCAAUGAACGACAACCACUUUUGCGUCACCAACAUGGGUGACAUCGGCAAGCAAUUCCCGGGAACAGGCGAGGUAGUGGAUGCAAUCCGCCUUCUACGGGCAGUGACAUGUCACUACAUGCCGAACUUGUGCCAACAUACCUUACACACCUUCAGAGGGCGCUUCUGCUACUCGCUGGACUACUACCCUCAGAAGAUGGAGCGAGCGAACGCUAUAAUCUACGCCGAUGCCGUUCUCAAAACCCUCACAGAUGCCAUUGAUGCACCAACCACAAGUCACAUGUGAGAAAGUGUCUUCGUAGUCAACAACGCUGAAACUAAGAGAACUAAAAUAAUCUUUACUCGUGAUGGAAAAUGCUCAGUGUUUCCUCUUGCUCAUAAAGCUUUAUAUUAAGUCAUUGAGCACCUAUGUCUAAAUAUGUGUGGUAUGGUCUCACACGGCACUAAACGUUAGAAAUGCUCAGUUCACAGACCUGUGCAAUUGUCCAAUGAAAUUUCGGCAUUCUUAUCCACAUUCGUGAUCGUGAAACUUAGCUGUUAACAGCAGGGUCCUGAAACUAGUUAAGCGCUUGGCAACAUUUACUUGCCUUCCACUAAAACAUUUCUGCUCCACUGUAACACCUACUGGACCAAUACGUAUACCCUACUUGUACUCCGCCCACCUACCUAAUACUACACCGACUUUUACUCCACCACUGCGCCCAAGUAUCCCUGGUAGAAGUGAAAACAUUACGAACACUCUGAUACUCCAACACUCCAGUAUCGGUCUCCUCUAGGUGCAAUGUAACCGCGUUAUCGAGAAUUACGUUUACAACAAUGUAUGUUAUUAUAGAGAUAACGCUUAUGUUUGUCAUAUUGAAGAUAACGUCAAUGUCAUAUUGAAGAUAACGUCAAUGUCAUAUUGAAGAUAACGUCAAUGUCAUAUUGAAGAUAACGUCAAUGUCUGUCAUAUUGAAGAUAACGUCAAUGUCUGUCAUAUUGAAGAUAACGUGAAUGUCUGUUGUAUUGAAGAUAACGUGAAUGUCUGUUGUAUUGAAGAUAACGUGAAUGUCUGUUGUAUUGAAGAUAACGUGAAUGUCUGUUGUAUUGAAGAUAAUUUUAAACCCGAGGCGGCUAGAAAGUCACCUUGUAAAACUUCGCGUUGAACUUUCAAUGAUAUUACCGUAUAUCAGAUAAGAUGAGUUACGAUGUGAAGAUUCACUGGUGACGCUUAGUUUGAAACUAGAUUACAAAUACUUCCGUGCGCAGCGUCAUACAUAGAACAUGAAAUGUGUUAUCUUAUUUGUAUGUGUGUGUUAGCAUUAACGUGUAGUGGCCGGUGACAUGAAGGUUAUAAAUAAUAUGUAUGCUCAGUUAUUUAUUAGUCUGUAAACCAUCUACCACUCAUGGCAGGAUACCCCUCGUAAUGGCAAGCUUAGGACAAUAGUGUCACGUUCAAUAAUCGUUACUAAGUUUGUAAUGGCCGUAUAUCCGUUAGAUCGUCACACCGCGUUAUGUUUGAAGUAAAAUUUCUCUUAACAUUUUUUUCCUAGAAUGUCACAACCA